UAGCUUUGAAGUCCCUCUCUCUCUCCAGUCUCUGCUGACCAUGUCAAAGCAAGGCAAUGGGUCUGCUCCAAAUGAGAUGCCUGUCGCAGAUGACUCCUCGAAACCUGUCCACGUGAUGGAUCUAAUCAAGCAAUUCGACUUCUUGUCUAUUGGACUGAGGGGCAAAAUCCACUGCGCUCUGACAAACCGGGAUCUACCUCUCAACAGCGCCGCCGUCCAUCAGCACCUCAACAGCAAGAAGUUGAAGAAAGAGAGGGAGUGGUAUAACGCCGACUUCAGCAAGUACGAGCCGUUUGUUGUUGCCCACAAAACGAACCCGAAGUUGCUCUUCUGCACGCUCACGCGCAUCGAGCUCAACCGGAUCCCCAAGGAAGUGGAGGCUCACGUCAACGGGAAACGGUACCGCAACAGAAAGGCAGAGAUGGAAGGGUUGAAGCAAGCACAGAGGCAGCCGCUGGGGGAGGACACUGAGGAGGAGGACGAGGAGGAGCACGGUGCAGAAUUUUGGGUGCCUACCGGGGGCGCAGAAGCGAUGGAUGAAGACGGCGAGUCUGACCAGGAAGAGGACGAGGAGGAGGAGGAGGGCGAUGACAAAACAGAAGAGAGAGGGGCGGGGGGCGGAGUGCAGCGGGCGCCACGACGAGCAGACAAAGACCAAUCAGCUACACGGGAAGGGAGACAGAAAAAGAGCGGCAAGGAGGGUAAGGCUGACAAGACCAAAAGGAAGGCGGAAAGAGGGCGGGAGGAUGGCGGCGAAGGCGGGCAGCAGAACGGGUCGUCAUCGGGCGGUCAGGGUGCCAAGGGACAAGCAGGCAAUAAAACGGGUGGCGCAAAAAGCAAACAACGGGGGGGUAAGGGAGCCGCCAAGCUGGCGGCCAAGAGCCCGAAACCGAGCCCUCGCUCGGAUGAUACCCCAGCGGUUUCGAAAACGGUGGUGAGGGAUGCUGCGCUCGCCUCGUCGCCCUCGUCUAGCUCAAAAAAGGCCAAGACGAAGGCGAAAACUCCGAAGAAGAGUGAGGGGGGGGAGACCCCGCCGAAAGGGAAAGGGGGUGUUGGAAGUGCGCCCCCAGUAGCGGCGCAACCGUCCGCCAAGCGAAAACAUAAGGUCUCUGACGAGCCGACAUCCAGCGGCAAGAAGAAGCGAAAAGCUUGAAAAGGCACCACUGGCAAGCUGUCGCUCGAUGCUGGAGAAGGAAAAAGUGGUUGAUGAUAACAGUAUGGACGCAUCCAGUCGCGGUCGAUGAACGUAUUUCCUCAGUGAACCGUGGUGCAGGCCCGCCGGAGUCUAGGCCUUACCCUGGUUCGGUUUUUCGGGUGUCCGGACUCGCAUGUUUCCUGGUGGAAGCAUGUAGAGCUGCAGAUGUAUUGCAGCUACCCUUGGUAAGGGGUGGAGAACGAAUGUCCUGACGUCCUGACCCGUGUCUUCCGCUUUACUGGAUACAUGCAAUCGCUUGGCAUGUGUUUGUGUGCGUUUUGAAAGGACAGCCCGUACACCGUGAUCGGUAUGUCUUGUUGCUCAGGGUCCGUUCUUUCUAUCUGGUGUUGAAUUCUGAUUAUCAUCGAGAUCGACGAUGGCAGCCGCAAAUUCGUUGAUACGGACGCCAUUCUCGUACCUCUGCGCGAACCUGCUGUAGGCGCGGUUCUUUCAUGCCUCGACCUCCACGCACUUGUAGUUCCACAAUUCUUUGGUUGCGUAGAUUUUGCAUUCGUUUUGUCACUGCGAGAACGGGCUUCUUGCUCAUAGCAGAGCCGUCGCGGAUCGGGUUUGAUGUUGCGGGACGUUCAGGUCAAUAUCCGAA